CCAGCUGUCAUGUCAUUAUUACAUGGAUAAGAGGUCGAAGUCGUUCGUAGAAAGGUGAACAUUUGGGUGCAUGGAGUUCACGUUAUUUUCCAUGUAGCAUGCGACUUCCCGUGCCAUUCAUGUCUCAUGGACUGUAUAAAUUCUCACUGCUCGUCGACUGCUGAGAUAAUCAACAGUCAUUAAGAAACGACGUUAACGAGACGCGAGCCGCUUUCUUUUCAGUUUCAGGCCGUUUUCCAGUUCUCAGACAGACUGAGUCGGACUGAGGCUCCAUCCACGCCCUGCCCGUUCCCGAGCCCAUGUUUUAUGAUCGUAAACAAAAGGUUGUACUAGAAUCUACAUGUUACAAUAAUGUGUGACUUCUUAAGUUCAUUUGACACACAGAGUCAGACUCAAUAUCGUCUGUAUCACUCUGUAAGGUAACAGAAAAAGCCAACAUGGAUCUUGGAAAACCAAAUCUGCUUCGUUUUUCCAACGUUGCUCUUCGCCUUCCAAGUGUUUUUAUUCUGGAAUCUCUCUACCAUUCGAGGGCCCAGAAGCUGAUUGAAGAGAGCGAUGUGCUGAACAAUGAAAUGGUGGAAAAGCUUGGGGUUGCACCAGAGAAAUUGACUCUUGGUGCUCAAUAUAUCGGUUACCUGAUUGCCCUAUUGCUGCAUGCCCUACCACUUCAUAUGCUCUUCAAGUUCUACGUUCACAUGAUCGUGGGCAUACUGAUCCUUGCAUCCCACCACCUCUCCAGCCAUUACCUUGCCCUACAAGCUCAGGCCGACCCUGCAAGCCAUGAGUCGGUCUACAACACCACCCCCAGCGUUCAUCAGCUCUUCAUGUUCAUCGGUCUCCAGCUGGGGAUCUGCGUGGUUUGCGCUCAGCUACUCAAGACCAGGCAUCUCUGGGCCUUUGCGCCGUACCUUUUGCCACUUCUUGCACGUGCUUGCGGGCUGUCGGUGCCCUUCGGGGUGAUCAUGCACACCGUUGCGGAAAUCAUCAGCAUAGUGGUUGUCACCGUCUUCACCCUGAGGCACAUCCUGGUGCCGUACCGCCUUGCCCUCAUCGGGUUACAGACCCUGCAGGAGUACGUUGAGUUGUACGGUAUUGUCAGCGUCGUCUUGGCUCUGUACAACAGGUUCUUUGUGCCCGCGAUUUACCUGGUGUUCUGGAUCACGAUAUUCAUGUACCAGCUUUACUCGUACUUCGUCAACAAGAGCCACAUGGCUGUCCAGGAGAAGUGGGUUCUGAUUCUCCUUGCAUCCGUUGCUGAUUGUUGCGUCAGCCCCUGGAGCCUGGUUGGCCUCAGCUUUACAGUGUCCUAUACCGCGUAUAUUGUACUGACGUUCUGUAAGAUCUACCUGAAGGGAUUCAAUGAAGGAGAACAAAGAGAUUUCCUCCACAGAGGAUGGACCGAAGGGGUGACUCUGAUGUUGCUGGCAAUGCAGACAGGCCUCCUCAGCCUCAAGAAAUUCGAGAAAAUCCUCCUCCUCAGUAUUGUUCUCUUUAUCGUGAUCUCGUCUACAAUCCAAUCCAUCCAUGAGCUGACCAACCCAGUGUUAUUGUCUCUUGGAGCGUCUAACAACCGCAGCGUAGGGAAACAUGUCAAAGUUCUGGCCCUCAGUUUUGCUUUGAUGUCUGUUCCUUUGUACAUGAGCUACAUGGUGUUUACCAUCUUCGACAUGGAGCUGUGGCUGUUGAUCAUUGUGUCCAGUUGCCUGCUGACAGCUAUUCAGACGCUGGGUUCGGUCUUGAUCUAUGCCCUCUUCAUGGUGGAUCAUCGCUACGAAACACCUUGGGAAUCACUGGACGAUGUCGUCUAUAUGAUCCAGUCUCUGUGCCACAUCCUGGAGUUUUUCCUGGCUCUUUUUGUCCUCUGCUAUGGGGGCUUGGAAUCAAUGAAUGCCAGCUACAACCUCACUGGCGGCUUGGUAAUUGUGGUGCAUUCCUACUUCAACGUGUAUCAACGUGCUCAAGCGGGAUGGACUUCCUUCAUGAAACGUCGCAACGCAUCAAGGAAAAUCAGCCACCUCCCCAAGGCAGACCCUGCAGAGCUGUCCUCCAAGAAAGACCUCUGUCCAAUCUGCUAUGAAGAGAUGCAGUCGGCAAGCAUCACCCCCUGCAAGCAUUUGUUCCACAGUAUCUGCUUGCGGAAGUGGCUCUAUGUGCAGGAGAAUUGUCCGUUAUGCCAUAGUGCCAUUGUGGAAUCCACUCCCAGCGGUUCUGGUGAUAACGUCAUUGGUCAAGACCCACAGUCCUCCAACCAGGAACAAGACAAUGCCCAGCCAGGUGCUGGUGGGGAUGCCAAUUCAGAUGCUGCUUCAAAUAGCACAGAGGUACUUCCCACACAAGCAUGCUCUCAAAAUGCUACCAUUGAUUCCUUGCCAGAAUCUGAGUCAGGAUCAACAGUUUGCUCUGAAGAAGAUUCCAACUCCUGUGUUUCCUUUAAGGACCAAAGUUGCUCAAGCAAUGUGCACAGUUCCAUUCCUGCUGCUAGUGUUCAAGCAAGCUAACGUGUGAGAAGUUUCUAUUAUUUUUACAUCUCUUCUUUGUUUCAAUGAAAUGAUGGCAACAUUGGCAAGCACACUUAGAAAAUAAUGUCCGUGUUAAUGAAAGCUUGGAAAGCCAAGUGCGUCACCUCUUGAAAUGCAAUAGUGUUAAAAUAAUUUGGACUAAAUUUGCUUUACAAAAACUACAAGUUCCCUGAAAUCUAUUUUAUUGAAUAAAGUUUUAGGGAAAAGCACUGACAAUGAAAUAAUGUGACUUGAUUUUGAAGGUUGAAGCAUCUGCCAGAGGUCAUUAGCCCCUUAUUUUAUUAUUGACCAAAAACAUAGCGUAAAAGUAAUACAGGGUUAAAAAUGUAACAGUAUGAAUAUACAUGUAGUUAGAGCCUGGGAGAAUUACACAAAUGCCAAAGAAAAAAAUUGUCUUGUAGGCUUGCCAUUAUCUGCUUUUCUGUCUGAUCAAAUCAUCUAGGCUUCCUAUUGCCAUUCUUCUACUAAACUGUAAUUAUUUAAGAUGCUUUAUGGAGUGGGGGAUAUGACAAGGUUUAUGAUGAACAUUACGGGAAUGUACUGUAUGAUGACCUUUGACCCCCAAUGUACAGUGUAUGUAAGUUUAUGAGAAGAACACAUUCUUCUACAGUUAUAUAAUGUGUAAUAAUUCAAUAUUUUUUGUCUAAAGAAAUGGCUCAAUAUACUACAUUGAAAAGUACAGAAAUGCAAAAACUGAAAAGUAAUUGUCGUUUUGCAGCCGAAAGGGCGUUCGCUUAUAUUUUACACAGAGUUAACGCCCUUCUGGCUCAAAACAGACAGAUGAAGUGUAGAACUAGAAAUAUUGAUGAUUUUUUUAUAGUAAUUGAGGCUGAAGCUGACUAAAAUGCCCCAAACGCUGAACAAUAAAUAUCCAAAAUCCUAAUACACUACAUGUACAUGUAUGUAAUUGUUUAUUAUUAUCAAAGUUUUUUAUUACACAUAGUUGGUUUUUUAAAGAAAACUGAGUGACAAGAAAUACUGAUGCUUUAUGUACAUGUACAGUAGGUCUCAAUGCUUCAUAGAUACAUGUACAAUGUACAUGUACAUGUAUAUUGGAUAAACUUUACAUGCUGUAGGCUUGAAUACUUUCGUAAACAGUAUGUACACCUGUACUGACUGUUCAUCCUGUACAGUUUCACAUAUACAUAUAUAUUUAGUAUCAGUUUUGCAUGGUUGGUAUUGAAUGGAAGAGAUCAAUUCACCAGCUUAAAAAUUGGACAUUACAGUGUAUGAAACACAAUACACGUCCCUAUAAAUAGACAUUAUGGUUACGUUUGAUGAACUUAGAGCUGACAAUUCAUCAACUCAGUAAUUUUCUUUGAAAAGCUUUUAGCAUUCAUUAUAAGCCAGUGUGAUGCCCUUAAUUGCCUGAUUGUAGGUAGCUUGCUGUGCUGUAGUAAAUCAUUACAUUUAAAUGCCAAAGCAGUCUAAAGACAACUACAAUAUUUAUUUAGUAGCUGUGAGGAUUUUAGAAAUCUGACAUUGUGUGGACAUAAUUUUCUAACAUACAGUAUUGAAAUAUCAUAGUGAUAUUAAUGGGUAAUCUAAAAUUAUUGUGCCUAACUUGCCACUUCUGAUACGACAGGAUUAAAUUAAAUAGUGUUUAAUAGAGCUACUGAAAUGUUCCAUAUAUGUAGUAUUAAAAUUAAACAAACAUGAUUUAUUUUUCUUUCCACACAAUAAUUAAUACAAUUUCCUUUACUACAUAAUGUUAAUGUUUUGCUUGAUGGUCUGAAAUUGAGAUAGUUGAAUACCAAUGAUUGUAAUGAUUGUAAAACAAACAAUGUUACCCAUAGAGACAUUAUAUCAUAAUGUGAUAUGCACUACGCAAGAACAGAUUAUUAUUAUCAUUAUUAAGUAUGGUAGACUAUAUGUUUCAGUAUUCGACGUACAAAUGUAGGAGACUAGCAUUGCUGGGAUGAAGAAGAGCAAAAAUUGUAAAUACAAUCUUUGAGAAUUUUGCUUUGCAAGGGUCCGCAAUUACGCAUUUAUUGAGAUAUUUUUCAUGUUAUUUAUUAACUUAGAAUUAUACUUUUGUUGAUUUAAGUAUACAGUAUUAAAAGAAUCACUGGACACACUUUGAAAAGAAGACUUGAAUUUUGUUAAUGGAUUUGGAAACUUUACUUCCAGAAGUGAUAAAUAUGAACAUUCCUGUCUGAAGUUGGUGAGAGAAAAUGGUAGACAUGAAACGUGUCCCUGUGUUAUUACAUUGUGCUCUGAAUUUUUGUUAUAAUUCCAUCCAUCCAUGAUAUGGAACACAUUUUUCUGUACUUCCUUAUUUGUUAAACUUUCUGUUCUGCUUUUUGCAACAAUUAAGUAUUAGGAUUGAGAAAAAAGGACACUUCAGAUUAAUUACAACUCAAGAAUUGCAAGUUAAGGAACUACAUGUACAUCUUGUGUCAAACCGAACUUUGUACAGUGUCAAGUUGAAGAGUGUAGAAUUCCAAGCAUGUUUUGAGGUAUUUCUU